ACUGAAGCGCACAGUGUCUACGAGUUAUGUCUUUGUCGUACAUUACAGGUGCGCACAUCGACAAUGAGAGUGUCACUUUUGCUUCUGCUGCUGCUGUGCACUUUCAGCCAUGCAGCGAACACUCUGGUGAGAGAGUAUUUCAUUGCUGCUGUUGAAAUUGGCUGGGACUAUGCCAGUGUGGGAGAUGCUGACGCAACAUCUGACCAAAGGUUGUUGUCCAAAGAUAAGGCUCACAAAUACAUUAAGGCAGUUUACAGGGAGUACACAGAUGCUUCAUACACUGUCCUCAAACCAAGACCUCCUUGGACAGGUAUUCAAGGUCCAGUGAUUGUGACUCAGCCCCUUGAAAGGGUUAUUAUACACUUCAAAAACAUGGCAUCACAGCCUUACAGCAUCAGCCCAGUUGGUAUAACAUACUGGAAGCAGUCUGAAGGAGCUGGCUACGACGACUCCACAGGAGGCAAAGAGAAGGAGGAUGACGCAGUCUUUCCGGGAAGAUACCACAAGUACGUGUGGGACAUCAGCGCCGCUGACGGACCCACGAUAGAUGACCCAGAGUGUCUUACCUACUCCUAUUCAUCCCAAGUGGACCCGGUUCGAGACAUCAACUCUGGGCUUAUUGGUGCCCUGCUCAUCUGCCAGUCAAGUGCAUUUAUUGAGAACAAGCAGAGGAGAAAUACUGCAUUUGUGCUACUCUUUGCUGUGUUUGACGAGAGCAAGAGCUGGUAUGGGGAGAUGGAAGAGAGGAGCAUAGGAAACAUCCAGAGGAGCAACAGCAGGAAAAAAUAUCACACCAUCAAUGGCUAUAGCAACUCCACUUUGCCUGGCUUAACAAUGUGCCAAAAACGUGUGAUUUGGCACAUAAUUGGUAUCGGCAGUGCCCCAGAAAUACACUCUAUACAGUUCCAGGAUCACACUCUGAAGGUGAUGAAACAUCGUAAAGUGUCUAUGGAGGUGACCCCCAUGACGUUUGCCACUGCGGAAAUGAAGCCUGGCACAGUAGGCCGCUUCCUCAUCAGCUGCAAGAUAAAUGCACACCGCCAGGAUGGAAUGAGCGCCAUGUUCAAGGUGGAGAGCUGCCCAGGUCCUGACCUUCGCAAUGUUCAAGAGGACAUCUAUGAUGAGUACGGCGAAGACUACUUCAACGCCGUUGAUUUUCAGCCUUUGAGUCCACGAGCACUGGGGAGAUCCAGUAGUGGACAGCAGCCAAGAAUUUGGAAACGUUACAUCGCUGCUGAGGAGUUGAUGUGGGACUAUGCACCUCAUCUCACUGCCAAAAACAGUGGGUUGCAGUCCAGAGACAAGCCUGAGACCCCUCUUCACGGCAACUACAAGUAUAAAAAGGUGGCUUAUGUGGAAUAUACAGACAGAUCUUUCACUAAGAGGAAAAACACGGACAGGACACUAAUGGGUCCGAUCCUGAAAGGAAAUGUCAAUGAUCGGUUCCAUAUCACAUUCAAAAAUAUGGCCAGUCAUCCUUUUAAUAUCUACCCUAAUGACCUCACCAAAGUCUAUCCGCUACAGCAAUCCACAAAUGAUGCAGAAAAUGACUUGCGCUCAAUGGAGGUGCCUCCGAAUGGGACGUUUGUCUAUGUCUGGGAAAUAACGCCUGAUGACGGGCCCAUGGAGAAGGACCCGGUAUGUCUGUCACUUCUUUACCAGAGCACCGUAUCCCCAGAGAGAGACCUGGCCUCUGGGUUAGUGGGCACUUUGCUAAUCUGCAAGGCUGACACCAUCAACAAAAGAGGAGGCCUGAAGUCCACUGAUUUUGAAUGUAGGCUGAUGUUUGCUGUAUUUGAUGAGAAUAGAAGUUGGUAUGCAGAAGAAAACAUUUACCAACACCAGAACCUAUCUCAAAGCACAAAUCCUGAUUUCUACGACUCCAACGUCAUUUACAGUAUAAAUGGCAUCAUAUACAAAGAGCACCAAAAUGCGUGUCCCAAAAUGUGUAAGACAGAAGUUAUCUACUGGCUUGUGGCCAAUGUGGGUACCAGAAGCAAUUUUCUGUCUGUUUACUUCACUGGAAACCUUUUCAAAUAUAACGACCUGCAUCAGUCUGUCCUCACCCUCUUUCCAAUGAUGAGCAUGGCCAUUUCCAUGGAAAUGGACAUACUAGGUGAGUGGGAAAUUAGUGCCUUCGAUGGCAGCCUCAAGAGUCGGGGUAUGAGCACUAGUUACACUGUUUGUCCCUGCGGCUUCGGAAACCCAUAUGUGGACCAAGAUGAGGACAUUGACGGUCUCGCUGACUGUGUGGGCCUACUGCCAAAGAGCAAGAGACCUCAUAAUAAGAAAAAUAUGGUUUGGGUGUGCAAGAAUAAUACUGAGAGUCAAUAUGACACUGGUGACAAUAUUGAGUGGACUGUGAAAGGAGACCAAAUCUGCCAAAUGAGAAGACUGACUGUAGAGUCUUUGGAUGGAGAAAAUUCAACCAGUGAACUUGAGGGAGGAAUCCCACUGGAUGUCUUGAAUGAAUUAGAGAGAAAUGGGGAGUGGAUAGAGGAUGUGAACGGGACAGAACAUAACAGAAAUGGUAGACAGAGAAGAUGGGUGGAAGGAAACGGGACACAAGGACACUUUAGCUCUGCAGGACCUGGAAAUGACAAACUAAAAGGGCAGUUUGGAGAAAAGACCCCAAAAAACGGGACAGACACCAGUGUUGAGAAGAAGACUGACCAAAAGAAUGUGAUGCCACUUGAAAUAAAUGCGACGAGGGUAGAAAGCAACGAGAUCAUACCCGACAGAAAUCCAAGCUUUAAGGAGAAGCUUUUAAGUGAAAGCGAUUCACUGGAAAUGGACAAAAACUUCAGGGAAAGCCAUAUUUCGAAUGAUUCUGAGGACCAAACAGUUGAUUCCCCACGGAUUGUUUAUAAUUCUACGGGAGCAAACAAUACAACAGGAAUUAAUCUGUCUGUGGAUUACGAUGACUACAGCCAAACAGAAGAAAGCUCAUCGGAUGAAAUUAUUUCACAGAAAAUUGACGUGCGCUCCAGUAAAACAAUGUACCGCAAAUAUUACAUCGCUGCAGUGGAGAUCAACUGGGACUAUGGCAUCAAAAAAGCUCCUGGUAUUAUCACACCAGGGGAAAAGCGUCGUGGAAUGAGGAAGUUCCUGCAAGAAUACAAGAAGGUGGUGUUUCGGGAAUACACAAACGAAAACUUCCUGGAACGUGCUCAUAGAGGAGAGCUUCACGAACACCUGGGAAUUAUGGGACCCUUCAUCAAAGCAGAAGUCAACGAGCUCCUUACUGUCGUGUUCAAGAACAAGGCAUCCAGGCCCUACUCGUUUCACCUUCAGGGAGUUUAUGAUCGUACUCAGGGAGUUGGCAUUGCACAAAGCUAUGCCCAGUCCCCACCAGCUGGAGUUCCAGGAGAGCCUGUUCCACCUGGAGAGACACGCGUUUAUAACUGGAAAAUCACAACGACACAAGGUCCCACUGAUGCAGAGUUCAAAUGCAAGGCUGGAGCAUACUACUCAACUGUGGACAAGGAGAGGGACCUUCACUCAGGCCUGAUUGGUCCACUGCUCGUGUGUAAAAAUGGCACUCUGCCGAACUCUGAGGAUUUAGGACCAGAGGUCCAGGAUUACAGCCUUCUGUUCCACACAUUUGAUGAGACCAAAAGCUGGUAUUUGGAGGAGAACCUGAAGAAGCAUUGUGUCCAUCCCUGUCAGGUCAACCAGGCUGACACAUGGUAUAAGAUAAGCAAUAGGUUUUCAGCAAUAAAUGGCUAUGUGGCAGAGACACUUCCUGGUCUGAUAGUUGCACAGUACCAGCAAGUCCGGUGGCACCUGCUGAAUGUGGGAAGUGAUGCAGAGUAUCACGCUGUGCACUUCCAUGGUUUGCCUUUUACCCUCCCUGGGCAGAAGCACCGCACGGGCAUUUACAACUUAUUCCCUGGUGUGUUCGGCACCAUAGAGAUGAGCCCCUCCACACUUGGCACGUGGCUGGUUGAGUGCACCGUCGGGGACUACCAGCUGGCUGGAAUGAGGGCUAAGCUGUUGGUCUAUGAUCGAGAUUGCGCUUUGCCUCUGGGAAUGAAAUCCGGAAACAUUAAGGAUUCACAGAUCACGGCUUCAGAUCACAGAGGUACAUGGGAGCCCCACCUUGCGAGGCUGGAUCAGUCUGGUUAUAUCAAUGCUUGGAAGGGUACAAGUACAUCUUCUUGGAUACAGGUGGACUUGCAGAAGCCGACCCUGCUGCAUGGCAUUCAGACGCAGGGCGUAAGGUCAAACCUGAAGGCAAACUUUAUCAUAAUGUUUAAAAUUUCCUACAGCCUGGAUCAGAAGACGUGGAUCAUCUACCAGGGAAACAAGACAACUCAGCCCCAUAAGUUUGAUGGAAACACGGACAACUUCAGCGUGAAGGAUAACCGCUUCUUGCCUCCAUUUGUGGCUCGUUAUGUCAGGGUUCAGCCUGAAAGCUAUACUGAGAGUCCUGCACUGCGAAUGGAGCUCCUGGGCUGUGAUCUCAACAGCUGCUCAAAUCCACUUGGAGUCGAAAGUGGACUGAUUGAAAACAUCACUGCCUCCUCUUAUCGUUCAUCACUUCUGCGAAAGUGGAGCCCCACCCUUGCCCGCCUCCAUCAGACGGGAAGGACCAAUGCCUGGAGGCCCAAGGAGAACAACCCUCACCAGUGGCUGGAAGUGGACCUGAUCACAGUCAAGCGCAUCACAGGUGUCAUUACCCAGGGAGCGAGAUAUUUCGGGACACCAAUGAUGGUCACCGAGUUCUCAGUGACUGUCAGUUUGGAUCGCCGCUCAUGGAGCAGUGUGUUGGAGAAGGACUCGUACAGGGAACUGAUUUUUGCAGGUAACAACGAGCCAGAUGAGGAAGCCCUCACUGUUUUUGAGCCAGCUCUUUUCGGCCGCUUCCUUCGCAUACACCCUCGCGGUUGGACCAAUGAAAUCGCUCUGCGCCUGGAGGUGCUGGGCUGCGAUACACAGCAGGAUCUCUAACCAGCAGUGACGCAAAGCACCUUUAAAGCGGCCCACAUACGCACAAACAUUUUCAUCAAUCGUAUUGAGCUCACAAUCAAUAAGGCUUUGACAUUUGCCCUACAUGUUCAAUGGAUAAUGUACAACAGGGGUUCCCAACCUAUUCCACUAAGGCACACUGUGGGUGCAGGAUUUCAUUCUUACCAAACAAGAUGACAACACUUUUUCCCCAAUCUGGUGUUUUACAAGUGCAAUCAGUUGAUUGCAGUCAGGUGUGGCUUGUUUUAGCAGAAGCCUCAUUGGUUCAACUGUCUCUGCUGGAUCGGCUGGAACAAAAACCAGGACCCACAGUGUGCCUUGAGGACUGGGUUGAAAACCCCUGAUGUACAAAUUCAGUUUGUGCCCAUCUGUCGCAAUGGACAGCCCAACAGCACCUGUAUUGUACUCUGUGAUGGAGCUGGUGUUUCUUGAAUAUUCGGGAACAAAAGAGCAUCAAAAGAACAUUGUGACAAUUCAUAAAUGUCUUCUGCUCCAGAGGUUGUUCACCUUUUUCAGUUCCUUUCGAAAAUUUGUCCGUGGUGAGUUUAUCUUCUUCAACUCAUCCUUCAUCCCUCCCUUAUACUACUCGCUGUAUUUGUCUAGAAGAGUAUCAUAUGUUAUAUUUCUGUCACUAUAUUCCUUGCUUUUAACUGUCCAAAGCGCAAAGUAAAUUCCGAUAUAGAUAUCAGCAGAAUAGAUUUUUUCGCCUCUUUAGAUGGUGCCAUAUGUGUUCUUGUCCACACAUGCAUACUUCGACAGUUUGUGCAAAACAAACAAAAUAACAAAAAAACGUCUCUGUCCAUUUAUUAACAUAUAUACUUGUAGGUGGUCACUAUCGUCUAUACACAAUUAGAAAAAUACUGUUGACAAAAUAGUUUGUGCUUGUACGGGCUGCUUUAUUUGCACAUCAACCCUGCGCUAAGCUAUACAGUAUUGGAUCUGUUUUUCCUGUUAGAAAAGGGUAUCAGAUAAGUUGUAAUAAUGCAGAGGAUACAGUUUCAAAAAGUGUCUUCAGAAUGUAUGCUUUUGUAAAUAUUUCACACAGAUGGAUGCGUAACGUUUGAAUGAUUGUUAUAUAUUGUUACAAAAGUAUGGAUUGUCAUAUACAUAUUUCUGCUUUCAUAAAUUUCAUAUAAGUAA